ACUAUGCCCGAACUUAUCUACUCGAACGCAUUUCACAAAGGCGCAUACAGUUUGAUUGAGCUGAGUAACGAACAAAUUGCAGAAGCGAUCGAAUCGAGUGGUGAAUUGGUGAUUAAAGGCCUACCGGAAGACGAAGCAGUAUUAUGUACACACGACCAAACAUUUGGUUUACGACAAGUCAACACAUCGAACUCAUUAUUACUGGCACGUCAAGAAAUGCCAAACGAUCCAGAUCUGCACGUUAUUGACGAUCUUUCUCAUACAGUUGAAGUUGUUCCUUGUUUGGCACGAUUAACACGACUCGACGAAUUGUUGCAACCAACGCGGUAUUCAGGACAAGCUUCUGAACAAAUAAAUACAAAGAAGAAACUGUAUAGCUAUAAUGAUCUACUAUCUAUGGUUCAAGCAAGCGAAGCAGAACUACUGCGAGGAUUAGUUGAGCGGAACGCUUUUUGUCUAAAUGGCAAAUACCGAAUACUCGAACGAUCAUUUAUGCACGGCCUACUAGACGCACUUGUCACAAACGCCACCAUUGUGGAACUGAAUCUGGAUGCAAUGCCUGUAGAAACAGCCAUAGAUUGCAUCCGACAAUACCAUGACGAGAAUGGAGAAGAUGAUGUUGUUCCCGAAGAAGUAGCAAUGGCGUGUUUGGAAGCAUUUUGCGACAAACAACUAGACAACACUUAUAAAAUGGAUCAAGAAAAAGUAUGUCGAUUUAUGGGUGAAGUGAUCCUGGCCAGUGCACGGGGUAAAGAAUGGGCGUUGGAUGAUUUCACUCAAGUGUGGCGCAAAUUGGUCCCGGAUGUGUUCUCGCCAACAAUGGAGAUGCUUCAAGGAUUAUAUGUGGUGACAGAACGAGCAGCUACCACGGCUGUUUUUCAUCAACAACGAACACAAACUUAUAUUUCGUAUUUCCCAUUAUCUGAAUUAUCCGUCGACCCAACACAACGGUUUGCUAGUUUAUUUGCAGAGAAAAAGCAGUGGACACCGGAACAGAUACUGCCAUACAUUCAAGACCUUGCUCCAGAUCAAAAGGCUCGAGAUGCUUUGUUAUUAAGAUUUACUCGCACUCUAAGAAGCAACGGCCAGAUUCUUUACGGCAGCAGAAUAAAAUAAUUACCUUUUUUCCUAUAACUCUAAGCGCUCGUCUUUGGACUUUUGGAGAAAAGAAAGUAUUUUGUACAAUGGAAUAAAAUCAAUAUUUGCUA